GAGAUGAUAUCCCAUCGUGCUAUCUGGGCUUUUCGAAGCAGUGCGAGGUGCUGGCGACACCGGGCUAUUCUCAAAGCGGCUCUGGAGGCCUCGGACGUCAGCGGCUGGCGUUGGUAUUCGACCCCAGGUCGUCGCGGUGUCACGGCAAUGGAGGAGAUCCUGGCGAGAGUCGUUGCACCUUUACCCACAUACGAGACGAGAGACAAGUACCCUCCUCCUCCUGAAUCAAACAGCUUGGAGUUCAUGCACUUCUACGGCAGUCUGGACAAGGAAGACAAACUCGGCUUCCUGACAAAGCUGUCACAAGACUUCGGAGUGGACCAUAAAAGCGUUUCAGAGAUGGCCAUGAGGCUGUUGGACACACAGCUACGAGAUGUGGCGACCAUUUUGCAGGUUGAAGACAGGCUGCGUUACGGCUUGACUCCCCGUUAUAAACAGUUGCUUAAUCAUAUAAGCAGGGUCGAGGGAGGAGUGAAGUUUCUGGUGGACCUCCGAGCCGACGUGCUUGAAAUAAUCUCAUCCAAAGCUAGUGAGAGCCCUCACAUCAGGGACCUGAAUGGCACGCUGAAGAGCCUGCUGUCUGAGUGGUUCUCUGUAGGUCUGCUCCGACUGGAGAGAAUCACCUGGCAGUCCCCCUGUGAGAUCCUGCAGAGGAUCAGCCAGUACGAGGCAGUGCACCCUGUCAGGAACUGGACUGACCUGAAGCGCAGAGUGGGGCCAUACCGCCGUUGUUAUGCCUUCACCCACGCCGCCAUGCCAGGAGAACCCCUGGUUGUUCUACACGUGGCCCUCACAGAAGACAUCUCUGACAACAUUCAGAGCAUCGUUCGUGAGUUCACCACUCUCGACUCCGAGGAGGAUGUAAAUAAGAUAAACUCAGCCAUCUUCUACUCCAUCUCCUCCACCCAGGCUGGCCUUCAAGGGGUGGAGCUGGGAAACUACCUCAUCAAGAGGGUGGUCCGAGAACUACAGAGCGAGUUCCCUCACAUGGCCCAGUUCUCCAGCCUGUCUCCGAUCCCGGGCUUCUCCGCCUGGCUCCAAGGCCUGCUCAGCCAGCACAGGAAGGAAGGCUGGGGCUCUGACCUCCUCUCUGAGCAGGAGUGGAUGGAGGUGGAGCAGGCCACUGACUCAGCCCCUGGGACUCCAGCCAUUGAGGCCCUCCGCAAACUGAUCGCCACCAGUGAGUGGAUGCGUUCCGAGCGCCUGACCCGUGUCCUGGAGCCCGUCCUGAUGCGCCUCUGCGCCUGGUACCUCUAUGGGGAGAAAAGGCGAGGCUACGCUCUCAAUCCGGUGGCCAACUUCCACUUGCAAAAUGGUGCCACUAUGUGGCGGCUCAACUGGCACGCUGACACCAGUCCUAGGGGCGUGUCAAACUCCUGCGGCAUCAUGGUGAACUAUCGUUACUUCCUGAACGAGACGUCUAAAAACGGCGCUCUUUACCUGCAGAAUAAGGUCAUCACUGCAUCGGAGCAGGUGCUGGGGCUGGUGUCCCAAUUUCAGCAGAACAGCAAAUUGUGAGACAGAGACAAGGAUACACCCAUAAAUACACCUCUGUUCUGUCACAUGGCACCUAAUAUCUUCAGUACAUUAUUUAAAAACCUCAGCUUGUUCAGUUUGUUUUGCAUAUUUGACGUUUCUUCAGAUAUUCAAACAGGAAACACCAGCCCUGAAGCAUCGCUUAAUGGACAUCAGCUGACAUUAUUUUUGGGCUGAAAUUAGAACAUUUCUCACAAGACGUGUCUCGUCCCAUCUUCUGUCUGUAGUGCAUAGGUUAGGCUUCUUGCCUCAUUGGCUUUCUGGUUGAAGCUGUUUGAUAUUGUGUAAGUGCCUCCCAGGCUGAGAGACUGUAGCUAAUGAAGCACGAGGCAUCUAUCAAUGCUUUACCAUGUUCCUGGAUAACAGUGUGUGUAAUGGUGAAGCCGGAGCAAUGAAGGGGUGCAGCUACUGGAAUAAAUGAUGUUUAGAUUCUUUCA